AUGCAGCAGUUGCUUGAAAGGGAUGUCACAGGUGUUGUCAAGGCUUUCUUUAUUCACGUGGUCAACAGAGAUAUGGGAGAAAUUGUCAACAACUUUGGAGGCUUCUACAGAGAGCUCACCAGCAACAAGCAACUCUGCUGGAUUGGACCAGAGAAGGGUGCUGUGCAUUUGGCCACAGCUGCUGUCCUGAAUGCUCUGUGGGCCAAGCGAGAGGGAAAGGUAAUGCUCAUGGAUCUCAGUAUAAGAAUGCUCAUUACUUGUCUUGAUUUCAUCUUUCUUACUUGGAGAAAAAAGCAAAUGUUGACGCAUGGAUAUCUGGCUUAUACAAGAUCCUGUGCCUGGCUGGGCUACUCAGACAGCAGUUACACCAGAUGCAGUGUGUUUGAAGUAAAGGUGGGUGCAGAUCUGCAGGAUGGUAUUUGUAGCUGCAGAUUUAUACAAGAAAUGAUUGGCCCAGACAAAAUAACAAUGCUGGAUACAAACCAACAAUGGGAAAUAAAGGAAGCAAAUAGAGUGGGUCACUAACCAGCUGAGUUUAAACCCUCAUGGAUUAAGAAGCCAACUUUUCCAGAUGAGGACAUGCAUGUCCAGAUGGGACAUGCACCCAUUCCAAAGUGCCACAACAGAGUGAUAUUUAAACAGCUUCUACAAGCUAAGGCCUUGAGUUAUCUCCAAAUUGACAGCUGCAGGCUGGGAAGUGUGAAUGAAAACUCAUCUGUGUUGCUGAUGGCCAAAAAGUUCCAUGCUGAUGGACUUGGGGAAGUCUGUGAAUUAGUCCAGCACUUGAUAAUAUCUGAUUAUAUCCCAGUAUCUGGAAGCCUUGAAAGCAGGGAAAUGAUAAAGGAUGCAUUUGGAGGAGGAAUGACAGAAGAGAGGAAACUCUUUGAGGCCAAACUGUGA